AAGAAACUGAAGCCCAAAUCCGUGCUAAAUUAUCAUUACUUAAAACACAACUAAAUGUUUCAAGUAAUACUAAAGUAGAAAGAAGUACAGUAACUAUUAAUAAAGAUCUUCAAGAUUUUCUAAAUGCUGAAUUAUGA